UCCACACAUGUGAGCCUCGAGGCGGCCCCGGGUGCAGACUUGCCAUGGCCUCCGAAGCUUCUGUGCGUCUAGGGACGCCCCCUGACCGUCUGUGGAUCCAGAAGCCUGGCAUCUACGAAGACGAGGAAGGGAGGACCUGGGUGACUGUGGUCGUGCGGUUCAGUCCCUCGCACAGGGAAUGGGCCAGGGCCUCAAACACCCAGGGCAGCGCCUCCCAGGGCAGCACAUAUGAACCCAGCAUCACGGUGCACUUGUGGCAGAUGGCAGUGCAUACCCGGGAGCCACUCUUUUCCAGCCAGAUGCCCUUCUCCCAGCUGCCCCCCGUGUGGCAGCUCUACCCCGGGAGGAAGUACCGAGCAGCGGAUUCCAGUUUCUGGGAAAUAGUGGACCACGGCCAGAUCGACUCCAUGGAGCAGCUGGUCCUCACAUAUCAGCCGGAGAGGAAAGACUGACAGUGGGAGUGGCUGGCCCUGCUGACCCUGCCCCUCUGGCCUGGUGUCUCCUCGUGCCCCCUCAGUGAGGAUCUUCAUGUACCGUCUUCUGUUUGCACACCCAGCAUAGCCUCCUUGCAGGCAGGAGGCAGUGGGGCCCCUGAACACUCAGCUUCUCUCAUUUUCCUCAGUUAUGAGUCCUGUCCUGUCCUGCUUGGAUCUGCACUUAGGGCAACUGGCCUGGAUGGACUUCACUAGGGGCCCUGUCUGUGCGCUGAGCCAGUUUCCCCUGCUGGCUGCAAGCUGUGGGUUCUCUUUCUCCUCUGUGCCCCUCAUGCUGAUCUUCUAGAUGCCACUCCCAAAUUCCCUUCAUACCCACCGGGAUGUGUGCCCAGCCAGGCCUCCGGCACCCCCAGUGCAGCUCGUGAUUGGAAACUCACCAUCAGCAGGCAGUGGCUUGGUUUAAGAGACGGCCGCAGAGGGAGCCCAGUCUGGAUAUGGACUCGGAUGCCCUGUGGGUAUCAGUUCUGCUGACACUUUGGCCCGAAAUAGAUCCAGUGCUGAGCCAGUAGUGUACGCCAGAGCCUCAGUGAGCCCAUCUGCACAGUGGGGAGCGUGGAAGGACGGGUUUGGCCUGUGCUUCUGCUUGUUCAGUUCUUCAGCUCACGAAGGGAUGCUAGUCCAUGAAGGUGGCCUCGCAGUACUGGUUAAUUAAACUUUAUUGCACACUGUCCA